AUGGAACGAAGCGCUGAUACCGCUCCCCUCCAGGCACCGCCUCCUCCUGUGCAAACCGCAUCAGAAGUGGAAAGCACUGAAGUGAAGCAUGCCGGGGAGGACCAUGGGGACGGGCCGGCAGCAAAGGCCGAUCCUCUGGAGACCUCGUCGUCUCCCACACCUGCACCGGCCCCCGAGACGAAGAAGGAUGAUGGCUCGCCGGGUCUUCCUAACUUGCCGCAGGAUCUCACUCCUGUGGAAGUGGAGGCCCUGAAAGAGCUCAAACAGAGCUUGCAAGAGAUUAAGCUCUGCGUGGACAACUCGACAACUUCGGCAGCUUCGGACAGCAAAGAACACCUCGCAGCCACCCUGACGGAGCUCAAGCGUAUCUUGGACAGCAGCAUCUACUCACAGCCUAGGCUUGAGGCCGCAAUGAGAGAUGCCUUCGGGCCUUUGCAGGCCACCGUCAUGCCGGCGCUCAAUGGGCUCAAGAGUACUUUGGGGCCUCUGCCUGAGCAUGGAGCAGACAUAAGGGCAAUUCGCGAGGUCAUCGUGAAUACGGAGGACCUUGCCCAACGAACCCUCAAAGCUGUUGAGGAUUCGUCGUGGGACCAGAAUGGCCGCUUGAAUGCCCUUGGCACGCAACUGGGGACCAUCGGCACGGACUUGAGCAAGGGGCUCCAACAUGCACACAGGAAGUUGGACUCGAUCCAUGCCGCGAUGGGCAGCCGUCAAGGGGGCACCCGUGACGGAGGGACGGACUACACCAGCAUCUUGGUGGCAGUCAAAGACCUCCAGACGGAGAUGAAAGCUAUGAACCAGAACCUGGAGAAGUUGCAGACGCAGGUCCAGUAUGUGGAAGGGCGCAUGGAAACAGCGCUCUCCAAGCUGGUGGCGGUGGAGCAGUCCACCAGUAAGCUGGCGGCAACCAGACCGAAGGCGCCGCCCCCCAAUACGCCGGCGCCGAACCUGCCUUCAGACGAGGCGCCGCUCCCGCCUCCGGCACAACCACCGGGACAAUGGCAGCCUUCCUCGGCAAGUCUGGGAGCAACUACUCAGGCUCGCCCAACCUCGAUACCAGCUCCGACGAUGAGAUUGGCUCCGCAUGCCCAACUUCUGCAGCCUGGGGGUGCAGGUGGCCCUGACUCUUAG